CCCCGCCGCCGACCAGUCAUUAUUCGCUAUCUUCGACAAGAAGCGCGAGAACAUCGAGCACAACAUCUAAUGAACCUUCCGACGAGUCUGUCAGGUUGUCCGCCGACGGCCGCCCACCCCCAACCAUGGGCGGUCGAUCGACCAUAGCUCCAACUGUCGUCACCGAUCACGAGACCUCGUGUUCUAUGGCCGCCCCGUCCUACGGGGCCUCCUCGGUCACUGGCACAACUCGCACCGUAAAUAUCGACUCCCGUCGGGGAAAUGAUAGCACCUUUUCGUCCCCCGCGCCGUCUGUCCGCUCCUUGACUACAACCCUGACGACAAUACAAUCUUUGAUGCCCAAUGGCGCCGCUGCGAUGCACAACAACAACAGCAACCAGAACAGCACCAAUACGUCCAACAGCCCUAAUCACCACCAUCACAACCAUCAUUCUCAGCACUCCAACUCACAAGUCAUUCACUUCAACCAGCCUUUCCCAACGACGGCCACUCCCGUCUCCGCCAUUCCAGCCCAUCUUGUGCCCUCGGGUCAGGGUGGAAACUCGCCUUUCUACCCAACAACCUACCAUACCGCCACGGCGAACAACCUGCUGACCGACAACGCCUCCAUCCUAACCCUCGCAUCCUCCUCCAAGCGCCGCCGUCGCCGCUCCUUCGACACUGACGCCUCGGUCCGUGCUCUCGCGCCCUCCUCUCUCUUCGGAGGCAGUCGCGAGUCUCUUCCUCUCAGCGUCCUCAGUUCCAACAUGGAAGGUGGUACAAGUGGGGGCAUUACCGGCGCCACUACGCCCGGUGGUUUAUACCGUGGACCCAACGGCUUAGCCAACGAUCGCACAAGCAUUUACUCCUCUACUACAGGAAUCCUAGCCAGCGACAGGAACAGUUUCUACGCGAAGCAGGCCAUCGGCGGGCCGGGUGCCGGAGGAGACGCAGCUAGUGUGAGGAGUGGGCUGCUGGGGCAUGGAAGGGCGGAGAGCAUCAGUGGCAGUAUCGGUGGGGGAUUUACUUCUGCGCCGAUGAAUGGGAGCUUGGUUGGGCUCACGGCUGCGGCAUCGCCUAGUCCAUUGGCUAGUCCGAGGGAUAGGGACAGGGAAAGGAGAAUUAGUGGCGGGGUUGGUAAUGUGGAUGAGGAUGUGGAAGGGGAGGAGAGGGCAUGAUGGAGUCUGGGCUGUACGGGUGACGAGGAUGGAAUGAAUAAUGGUAAAUACGCUGAGGAACUGGGACAGAACAGGAACAUACUAAUGGCAUGGUGUUCUGGGACGGAAACAGGGUAAUGGGUGAAACAGGAUUCUCGGGUUAUAUGUCUGGGCUCAAGUGUUGGCGUUUUGUUCUUCUGUCUAUCGUGUGCAUUAUUUUUCCACUGAGAAUGGGAUACCUCUGCAAGCUCUGAUGGUCGCUAUGGAAACAGGCAGGUUCUCUUUGACU